AUGAUUAAAACAUCAUCUUUAUAUUUACUUCCCAGGUUUAAAUAUGAAUCCGAAGAUGUCAACAUAGGUAAAUUUGUUCCUCUUCUUCUUGUUGGUUUAAUAGGUUAUAUUGAUCUUUUAAUGAAUUUAAAAUUUUGGCCGCCAAAUGUCAAUAAAUUAACUUAUCGGUCCAUUUUACUUAAUUUGGAUACAAACUUCAUGAAUAACUCAAUUACAAAAACAUGGACUCAACAUCUUUCUUCUUCUUCAUCGAUAGUAGAAUCUAAUUCAAGACAAGAUGCAUCUGUAGAAACCGCAACCACAUCACCCGUCUCUUUGCAAUCUAAUGCUUUAAACUCACAAAACAAACAAGGAGAACACGCUGAUGAGAAUGGAAUUAAAAGAAAAAAAUCAAAGUAUACAAAAGAAUCAAAGAAAAAAGUUAAAUUAGUUACAGAGUUUAAGACAAGUUUACCUAAUGCACGAUUAUCUGAUUUGGGUGGAAUUGAUUCUUGUAUCGAAGAAGUAUUGGAGCUGAUUGCCAUGCCAUUAGCUCAUCCUGAAAUAUAUUUGCAUACCGGUGUUCAGCCACCAAGGGUAGAGUAA